AUUGAACCUACCUACUAGGGUACCUGCCACUUUCAGCCCCACCACUCACCACCUAAACCAGCUCAGCAGCAGCAGCCAACAGCCAGCCAGCAGCUAUCACUCGGUAACAACUUCUCGUGAGACAAGGCCACCUUUCGACCUUUUUCACCAAUUUUCCCUCAUUUUCCCUUAAGACUCAUUUAUAACCCAAAAGCUUCAUUGCAACUUAAGACAGGAAUCUCUACCUGAUCUUCGUCUUUGAUACGUCGACAAUUACCACCAUCUGCAUAUAUCGACAACUACGUCAAUUUCUCCCCUUGACAACGCACAAACAUUUGGGCAUUGCUGCACUAAGUAACACUACACACACACACACACACACACACACACAAAAUAAUUUCCUUCCCGACGCUUCCACGAGCUGUUCGCCCAAGAUGACGCUCUAUUACUCGCUUGUAUGUUCCGCAUCCGCAAUCUUCCUUUGAAGCAUUCUCGAACAAGAGUCUAUCGAAUGCUGCUAGCUGUUGUGGCCCACGAUGAAUGUAUUCGACUUGCUAAUUUUGGACAACCAGGUCUUCGUGCUCCUCGUAGCGGAGAUGUCCCUCUUCAUGCUACUCGUCGUCCCCAUGCCAUUCACCUUCCGACGGAAGAUGUUUACCUUCCUUUCCGAAAACCCCGUCGUUGCUAAAUUACAGUAUUGGCUGAAAAUUACCUUCGUUUUUAUUCUUAUCCUCUUCCUAGACAGCGUUAACCGCGUCUACCGCGUGCAACUCGAGCUUGCCGCUGCCACCGACACAGCGAAGGGCACUGCAGCGGUGAUGGGCCACGAACGUCUCGAAGUUCAAGCCCGCAAGUUCUACAGCCAGCGGAACAUGUACCUGUGCGGUUUCACCCUGUUCCUAUCGCUGAUCCUGAACCGGACAUACACGAUGAUCCUAGAGGUUCUCCGGCUCGAGGAGAAGGUUAAGCAGUACGAGGGCACGGACCGCAAGACCAAGGAGAGCGAGAAGCUGGCCGAGGCCGGUAAGCCCGGCGAAAUCGCCCGCCUCCGUACCGAGAUUGAGAAGCGCGACCGCGAUAUCGAGACCCUCAAGAAGCAGGCCGAGGGCUUGUCCAGGGAGUACCACGACCUCUGCGAGAAGUAUGGCGAGACCCUACCUCCCGCUGGCACCCGCAAGGACAAAUAA